CCCCUUGGAGGCCGAGGCCAACGCCGUCAACCGCAGGAAGUCCUACGCGCGCGCACCUGGUGACGAGGAGGGAGAGAUCUGGGGGACGACCUGGGCCCCUUCGAGGCUGGAGGCGCAGACAUGAAGCUGGAGGUCUUCGCUCCACGCUACGAGGACAAGUUCGGCGGCAGCGACCACGAAGGCGGCAGCAGCAGCAGCAGCGCGGCGUCUCCACUGGCCGCCGAGAGCGAACUGGGUUCGGACGGCGAUUGCGCCGCGCUCAGCCCGGCCAGCGGCCACGAGGACUCCCCGAGACAGGGCUCGGAGCCGGAGCCAUGCCCUUCCCCGGCCGGCAAAGCGGCGGCGGCAGCCCCCGGAGGCAAGCCGUACACGCGUCGCCCGAAGCCGCCCUACUCGUACAUCGCGCUGAUCGCCAUGGCGAUCCGGGACUCCGCCGGGGGGCGCCUGACUCUGGCCGAGAUCAACGAGUACCUGAUGGGCCGCUUCCCCUUCUUCCGCGGCGCCUACACGGGCUGGCGCAACUCGGUGCGCCACAACCUCUCGCUCAACGACUGCUUCGUCAAGGUGCUCCGCGACCCGGCCCGGCCGUGGGGCAAGGACAACUACUGGAUGCUCAACCCCAGCUCCGAGUACACCUUUGCCGACGGCGUCUUCCGCAGGCGCAGGAAACGCCUCAGUCGGCCCGGGCCCGCCGCCGAGGCCAGCCAGGCGCCGCCGCCGCCGCCGCCGCCGCCAGCCUCUCCUUGCCCCAGCGCCGACCAGAAGCCCCCGGCAGCGGCGCCCGGGCCAGGACCGGCAGCCGCCUCGGCCUCUUCAGGCGGCUCCAAGUUCUUCAGCUCCUUCGCCAUCGAGAGCAUCCUGAGCCGACCUUUCCAGCCUUCCGAGCAGCAGCAGCCGCCGACCCCGCUGGGAGAAAGGGCGGUGCUGUGGCCCGUCCCCUCCUCGGGCUACUCUCGGCUUCUGCCUCAGCCCGCCGUUUCCUACGGGCUCGUUCCUCCCUUCCCGGCGGCGGCGGCGGCAGCCUCUUCCCUCUACUGCUACGGCCUUCCCGACUCCAUGCUCCUGGAGGCGACCGUGGGGAAGGCCUUGACGCCCGGCGAUGCGCACCAACUCUUCCCCCAGCGGACCUCGCCGCUCCCCGCUUCCACCUCCUCCUCGCCGGCGCUCGGCGUGUCUCCACUCUACUGCCCCCUCCGGCUGCCCGGGUCCUUGCAGCCGCUUGUUUCCUAUCGGCCUUAUCCAACAGAGACCCUGCCGGUGUAA